UAAACAAAAAUGGUGUAGAUUGAUUGGAAGGAAUACCUUUCAAUUCUAUUUAUGGACGUGGAGAAUGUAACAUUGGAUUUUGAAACUGAAUUAAUUCAAAUAUCUAAUAUUGAAUAUUUUGAAGCUCUAUUCGAAUUAAUCAGUACAUAUAAAAACCAAUCAAUCAUCAAUAUAUGGUGGGAAGUGGUUGUCACUCUUAUGCCAUACACUACAAAUGAGAUGCGAUUCAUACAAGAUAGAUUUUACUAUGAAACAACCGGUUUAGAAAAUAACCCUUCAAGAUCACUCUAUUGUGCAAAUGCUGUAAACUCGAUGAUGGGAAUGGCUGUUUCACGUUUAUUAUUAGAAAUAGAACCAUUAAAUAAUAAUAUGAAGAUGGUGGAUGAGAUGAUUAAAAAUAUUCAUUGGGCGUUCGAAAAAAUAGUCAAAGAGUUAGAUUGGAUGGAUGACACGACCAAACAGAGGACACUAUACAAGGCACAGCAAAUGCAAACGUUAAUCGGUUUUCCUGAAUUCAUAAAUGACUCGUUUGAACUCGAUCAAUACUAUUCUGAAUUUGAAGUAAUAGAAAAUGACUAUUUUGCCAACGUUAUACUUUAUGUUCAACAAGACUUGAACACCUCUUUGGUAGGACUUAGGCAAUUAAAUGAUUACACAAUAAACUCUUGGGCAUCAGAUCCUUUAGAAGUUAAUGCGUACAAUUGGAUCCAAGCAAAUGCAAUAACCAUUCCAGCCGGUAUAUUACGAUUUCCUUUCUUUGGACAUGAUUUGCAGGUGCUCAACUAUGGUUUUCUUGGUUCCAUACUGGGCCAUGAACUUACACAUGGUUUUGAUAACACUGGCCGAAAGUUUGAUUCCGAUGGGAAUGAGAAUAUGUGGUGGACUAAUCGCACUAUAGAGGAGUAUGAAAAACGUAGCGACUGUUUCGUUCAUCAUUAUGAAUCUUAUUUAGUACCUGACAUUGAAGAAAAGAUAAGUGGUAAAAUGACAUUGGAUGAAAAUAUUGCUGACAAUGGUGGAUUGAGAGAAGCGCUUUUGGCAUAUAGAAAAUUUGUUGAAGAAUUCGGUGAAGAACCUAAACUACCUGGAUUUGAACAGUACAGUAAUGAACAAAUGUAUUAUUUAGCUUUUGCAAAUAAUUGGUGUGAAGCAACAACACGUGAAUCGUUAUCGAAAAGCAUAUUAGAUGAGCACAGUCCAAAUAACAUACGAGUGAUUGCAGGACUGACCAAUUCAGAUGAAUUUAGCCAAGUAUGGAAAUGUGAAAAAGGUUCAAAAAUGCAUCCACAGAAUGAUAAAUGUAAGAUAUGGUAAUAGUUAAAAGCGCCACAUUGUUUUUAUUUAUUAUACUACCAUACAACUAACAAAUGUCUUAAGGAGGCUGGAGCGUAAUCAAUUUUAAGGAGUAAAAACUAGGCAUUUUAUAUUUCUCUUUAUCUGGGUCUUGUGUAUGUGUUGAAAGUAAAUGAACAUUAGUUUGCGUAAUUCGUAGUACUGAUCACGUUUUAUUGGGGCAUCAUAGUGGCCGGAAUGUAAGUCUGUAAUUUUACCUACGCGCAUGCACAUGUCACCAAAUAUUGCUUUAUAAAAUGGCAAAUAUUUUUUUUUCAAAAAAUACUACCUCUGAUUUCAAUCACUACGCUCAGUAGGAUGUUCCAAUUUUAAUUUUCAAAGCAGAUUUGAAUUCUCCUCUAAAUUUACUAUGCUUUAACUGUCGUACAUUUUUCAUAUUCUAUAUCAAUGUAUUUAAAUUUGAAUUAUGAAUAUGUUCUAUUUUUGCUCCUUUUGUUAGUAAAUUUCUAAGUAAAAAAAAA